GCGUCAUAUAAGACAGACAGCCAGCCGCCGACACCAGCAGACUGACAAGUCUAGGGAACACUGCCGGAUCUUCGCCAGCACCUGCAGACUUGAUCCGCCUAAACACUCUUACUUGGUAACUGACAUAUGACACAUUACCAGCUGAUGGUGCAUGUUGACACCUGGCGAUGAAUGUUAACAUUACCAACUGGUGAUGCAUUUUGACAGUAACAACUGGUGGUUGCACGAAGCUGUACCACUGCGUGAACCACUUUGAAAUACACCGUGAUUGUUACAAUAGCAGCCUCUUCCAAUUCGACAGGUGCUGAUAUUCAGUCAAAUAUUAUGAAGCUGUGGUUCCCGGUGGUGGUUGGGGUGGCGUUGCUGUGUGUGAUGGUGGAUGGCGUGGAGGAGACAAAGGAAGUCGCAGCAGCAAAAAUUGGUGUCGUUGGGUCGUGGCUGGAGUUUCUCAAAUCUUACUGGCAUCAUGACCAUGAAACCCGCCCCCAGGACAGGGACGACCGGACUGGCAAGAACAUGGACUACAACUACUACGAGACACCAAUGACAGAACUAAUAGACAGCGACAGUCCAGGUUUCAGUAUGAGUGGCGUCUUGAAUCACACAAAGAACUGUGCUCAUGUUUAUUCUGCUCUGGCUGUGGCCUCCGGAGCUUUCGCAUUGAAGUACGGUCUCUGUGUCUUCAAGGGCUCGUGUCCAGGCGCCGCUGUUACACUCACCGAGACCGCAUAUACCACCACUACAAUUCCCACUACGUACGCCUUCACCACCACCUACACCUCAACCGUAGUCCCUACCACGGAAACCCUCACCAUCCUCACUGUCAUCACACCCACCAUGUACAGUACCUCCACCGUAACCUCCACCGUAACCUCCAACAGCUAUUCCUACUUCACCACCAUCACCACCACCAUCACCAAAACCUACGUAACGACCAUCAUCUUCUCUCCAGCCGUGACUUUCAUGACCACAACCACUCCCACCACCACAAUCUCCCGCACCAUCACAAGCACCACCAGCAGCACACGCACCAUCACCACUACCCUCAUACACGCCUCCACUACCAUAGUAGUUCCCCUACAUUUUGAAUGACGCGUCUCCCAACAUCACCUUAGGGAGCCGGUCGGCCGAGCGGACAGGACACUGGACUUGUGAUCCUGUGAUCCCGGGUUCGAUCCCGGGCGCCGGCGAGAAACAAUGGGCAGUUUCUUUCACU